GAUCCCAGCAACCCUGAAGAAGGUUUCGAAUACCUUUAUGUGGACGCAGUUGAAGAAGAAGCUCUCAAAGAUCAAAUCGUCUACGAAAGAAUGUCUAAUGGUUUGCUGAGGUUGAAAGCCGUCAUAGGAAAACCGAAUGAGAAUAUUGGCGUAGAGAAUCUGCAAGGUUCGGGAAUGAUAGCUGGUGAAACUUCUGCAGCCUACGAUGAAGUGCCAACAUACUGCCUUGUCACUGGCCGUACGGUUGGUAUAGGUGCUUAUACUGCUCGCCUAGCCCAUCGCAUCGUACAAACACGCUCAUCCCACCUCAUUCUCACUGGUGCUCCUGCCCUAAAUACGUUAUUGGGAAAGGAGAUUUACACCUCUAACAACCAACUGGGAGGCAUCCAAAUUAUGUUUAAGAAUGGAGUCACUCAUGCUGUUGUUAACGACGAUUUCGAAGGGAUUUGCAAAAUAGUACAGUGGAUGAGUUAUCUACCUGACGAAAUAUCAUCGUUUCCUUUUCGCCGUUAUAUUGGUUUUGACUCGUCUCCUCGUCUGGUACAGUUUACCAUUGAACCAAACAAGCCGUACGACAUUCGACAACUCAUUGAUAGCCGAGAUUCGGAGCAAAUUCGUGGAAUAUGCGACUCGAAUUCCUUCGAUGAAAUCAUGAACGAAUGGGCGAAAACCAUUAUCGCUGGUCGUGCGCGGAUUUGUGGCAUCUCUAUCGGGGUUGUAUCUUCCGAACUCAGAAAUGUGAUGUCCAUCAAUCCGGCCGAUCCUGCCUCACCUAACAGUCAGUCUGUUGAAGUACACCAGGCUGGCCAAGUCUGGUACCCCGACUCUGCAUUGAAAACUGCGGAAGUAAUAGGAGACUUCAAUCGUGAGGGUCUCCCACUCCUAUUCAUCGCUUCCCUUCGGGGCUUUUCCGGUGGACAACGAGAUAUGUUCGAGAUGGUACUAAAAUUUGGUGCCCAUAUUGUGGACGCACUUCGACAGUAUCGAAGACCUGUGAUUAUAUACAUACCGUGCCAGGGAGAGCUUCGUGGAGGGGCAUGGGUUGUGCUUGACAGCAAAAUUAACCCUGGAUUCAUUAGUAUGGUCGCGGAUAGAGAUUCACGGGGAGGUAUCCAAAAAAUAUAUUUCACGAUUAUGCGUUUAUAG